AUGGAAGCCAUUGCAAAGUUUGACUUCAAUGCAUCAGGAGAGGAUGAGUUGAGUUUCCGAGCUGGUGAUGUUCUGAAGAUCUUGAGCUCUCAGGAUGAUUGGUAUAAGGCUGAGCUGAAGAGUUAUGAAGGUUAUGUCCCAAAGAAUUUUUUAGAUCUUCGCAUUCCUAGCUGGUUCCAUGAAGGAGUUUCCCGCCACCAGGCUGAGAAUAAACUCAGAGAGAAGGGAGUUGGCUGUUUCAUUGUCCGAGCUAGCCAGAACUCCCCAGGAGACUUCUCUAUCUCUGUCAGGCAUGAAGAUGAUGUCCAACACUUUAAAGUCAUAAAAGACACAAAGGGCAACUAUUUUUUAUGGAGUGAGAAGUUCUCAUCACUAAAUAAACUUGUGGAAUACUACAAGACAUCUUCCAUCUCCAGGCACACUCAGAUCUUCCUAAGGGAUGAGACGCAGAAAGAGCAGCAGGAUACAUGUGUUCGGAGCCUGACCAAACGGGCACAGGAAGCACUUCACCUGAGUGGAACUGCAAAAGAGGCUGGAGCACCAGGCCACAAGAAAGAUGGAGACCAUUAUUCACCACAGCUGCCUAAGCAGGACUGGCAUGGCAGAACCUUGGAUAUUCCAGUGGGGCUACAGAGCCAGAGAAACCAUGGAGAAGGGCAUGCACCAUCUAUGGUCCGAAGGUACACAGAUCCUGUCCAGCAGCCACAGGAUAGGCAUGGAAGGAGCCUGGAUAUUCAAGGUGGGUUACAGAGCCAGAGAAACCAUGGAGAAGGGCACGUACCAUCUAUGUUCCGAAGGCACACAGAUCCUGUACAACAGUCCCAGCGGACGCAGUGGGUCCGUGCCCUGUAUGACUUUGAGGCCGUGGAGUGUGAUGAACUAGGGUUUUCCAACGGCGAUAUCAUAGAAGUCCUGGAUAGCUCUGAUGCCUCUUGGUGGAAAGGCUGUUUACGUGGAGACUUUGGUCUCUUUCCUUCCAACUACGUAGAACCUGUGAAUCCACAUUGUUUGUAA